CUCGCAAACGAACCGCUCAACCGUGGUUGUGGUGCACCCGUGACUUUACUCAGGGACCACCUGGACACGCACUACAUCUGUCAGACGAGACCGUGAAUACUCCUAGCAUACACAGUAACAACAGUCAAUUUCUACCGCCCCGCGACACGUCUACGGCACCACAAGUCCUGCUUCAUACGUGCAGUUCACGGACCUGCCGUUACCACGCAACGCACGACGCCACCAUGGCUUGCACAAAGAUACCGGCAAGCGUCAUCAUGCCGCCCCGCGAGCUGAAGCAGUACAAGCGAUGGCAAUGCCUGCACACGAAUACUAGGCCAGCUGAGCAAGGCUACAUCCCCACAGCACGCGAAUACGAAGACUUCCACCAGUGGUUGAAACGACAAGACUCUGGAUACUUCUCAGACCCGUUUGAAGACAUCUCCGGUCAUAUCACCCAAGGAUGUUCUGCGGAAACGUCAUCCUCCUUCGAAUCGCCAGUUGCAUCGAUAUGUCAGCAUCCCAUGCACCCCGUAGCAGCUGGCCAGCUACAAUCACGAUGUCCCGUCUGUAUCAUCGACCUGCACGUCAGAUACAUGAAUGUCUUGUCAGAGGCUCUCGAAAGCGCAGGUGGUUGCGCGCCGUCUUGUACACUCACGAGCUCAGAACACCAACACACCGUGUACAGCGCUUGGUGCAAGGGGAAGAUCAGCACACUCAAGGAGUUAUCGAGACUUGAGCUCAUGGCCGAAGAAGAAGCUUCAUGGUCUGCGCAGCAUCCAGAGGUCGCGCACGAAGACGUGCGAACCGCAGCGAAGGCAGUGGAGCUAUACUGGUCAGAGACAACGGGUUGCCUAGAGAAGCGACCGCGAUCGAACAAACAGGCUGCAGUAGUUUUUGCGCCGGACACCGCUUUCGAGCCCGGGCGACCCAAUCCUUACUUCCACAGACGAUCGCCGCGCUACGAGCCUGGGAAAUAUACGGUUGUUGAAGAAGGGGGACAAGAGGGAGAUGAUGUUUCGGAGGAUUCGGAAGACUACUCUCACGCAAAGAUCCAUCAUGUUGGCUCAACAGACGAGUCAAACGACAUUACUUUGCAGACCGAAGCAGAGGAGUCACAAGCAGUUCUUGACUCAAUCUGUGAGAUUGAAGAGGAUGACGGGGACAGUGACUGGGAAGACGUUGACUCUGACGAGGACAACUCUGACCACGAAAGCGAAUUCGGCGACAGUGAUUGCGCAUACUUUGAGAUAGAGGAAGAAGCGAGCUUUAUCGUCUUUGGCGACGACUGAACUGAUCCACAGCGAUCUACCCCAUACACCCGCCGCUACGCGGCCACCCAAAGACAGCCUCACACGAAGCGAUCGCUACGAAUCAUGUACAUAUACCCAAGAUAGGAGACAGAGGCACGAAGGACCGUGUCUGGGGAUGAUGGUAGAGAGGCAAAGCAUACAAACAGGUCACCAAUAAAGGCUGGCAGAUGUCGCGUGGCGCGGACGUGAAGAGAAGCAGCGGACUUGGUAGCACACAUGUGAGUGAUCGGAAAGACACUCAUCUAUCGUCAAUGACAAGAAUUCAUUAUUCUGACACGCCUGAUCCAUCUCCAUGACUCUUUUCU